AUGCUGGUCUCCCAUUUCCAUCGACGGUUGCUGUUUCUCACAAGCGGUGCAUUCAUACUAUUAUUCAUAUACUACUUUGGCACAGUAUAUCGACAUCGUCUAACCGUUGGGCCUAUAUAUGAUGAUGUUUCGCAUAAGGAGGUGAAAGAAAAAUGCAAGGGGAAGGAUCCAAUAAAGGAAUUAUUGGAUGACGCGGAUAACGCAUGGCGCAAGUACGAUUCCACUCGCUCAACAACCUUCAGCGAAGCUGUCGUGGAGUAUAGAGUGCGUUAUGGUCGCCAUCCGCCGCCUGGAUUUGGGGAGUGGUACAAGUUCGCCCGGAAGAAUGGCGUACGAAAUAUCGAUGAUUUCGAUCAGAUAAACGAUGACCUCAGGCCCUUCUGGUCUGCGGAGCCAAAAACCCUUCGACGGCGAGUGGCCGCAGCCUGCGAGGAUCCGGACGGAAACUCCAUCGCGGCGAUUCAUAUUAGGGAUGGAGCUAUUGCGAAUACCACCGGCGAAGGUUGGCGGAUCGAAACAUUGAUGUCGCUGGUCGAACGGUUCGCAGAGAAGCUGCCGGACAUGGAUAUCGCCAUGAAUCGAUUGGACCAGCCACGGCUGGUGACAAAAUGGGAGGAUAUGCAAACCAUGUUAACGAAGGAAAUCGCAUCUCGAGAUACUCCUCCUGAGGCUACUAAUUCGUUUACGAAGAAUAUGGAAGGAUUCAUGUCUUUGACGAACAAAACCACUGUGGCGGAUGAGGAUAAGGUCAAAUGGGUCGGUAUUCCUUCGAAGCAGUAUAUGGAAGUUGCUUCAACUGCAUGUCCACCGGAAUCGCCGGCUCGUAACCCGAGCUUGAGUAUCCAAGACGCCGAUUCUCGUUAUAAGACGCCUGUUGGCCUCGUUUCGAAUUUCAACAUGUCCAGCGAUCUCUGCACUGUCGGGCCGGCGAUAAAGGACCUCCAUGGCUUUCUCUUUUCCUCGUCGAGUAUCAGCGUUUCAGAAGCUCUGAUACCGGUGUUCAGCGAGUGUAAAGUGAACGUGAACAGUGACAUACUCUUUCCAGCCAACAUGUACUGGAAGAAGGACGAACGGUACAUGUACAAUGGUUCCGAAGACAUUGACUGGGACAAAAAGAGUGAAACCAUCUUCUGGCGAGGAGCAACAUCUGGCGGUAUCCAAACAAAGGACAAUUGGUCCCAGAUGCACCGUCAACGGCUUGAAUCCAUGAUGAAUGCGACAAAACUUCACGGCAGGACGGAACAGGUCAUCCCGUGCAAUGAUCAAUCCGUGGAUAUGGAGAACAAGAAUGCCUCGCAAUUCCAGCCCUCCGAGUUCGCUCGUGAACAUUGUGAUUUUGGGUUCACGGAUCCUAUGGCUUGUGUCCCAGACAGCUGUGAUUUCUACAACGACGUCUAUAAGUACAAAGAGAAGGUCCCUCAUUCUCAUCAAUUCAGAAACAAAUACCUAGUAGAUAUCGAUGGACACAGUUUCUCCGGACGAUGGCGUGCGUUCCUCCUUAGCAGAUCUCUCGGUAUAAAGGCCACUAUAUUCCGCGAGUGGCAUGACUCUCGCCUUUUUGCUUGGAGGCAUUUCGUACCCCUGGACAACCGAUAUGACGACUUUUACGCACUUAUGACUUAUUUCAUCGGUACUGGUGCCAACAACACCAAUGCCAACAAUCCACAUGUUGCCCGUCAUGACAAGACUGCGCAUAAUCUGGCUACGCAGGGCCGCGAAUGGGCUGAGAAAGUGCUUCGCAAUGAAGAUAUUGAGGCUUAUAUGUACCGCCUUCUUCUUGAAUACGGCCGAGUAAUUGAUGACAACCGAGCCUCUAUUGGCUAUCAUGGCGAUGGAAGUGAACUGAAGGAUUUUGAUGAAAAGUUGACACAACAAUAA